AUGAGUGAGCAGGCAAGGAGGAGGACAAGAAUGCGUUACCUAGCACGCUGGCAUGUCAAAAGCAUCCGUGAGUUCCAGCCCAAGCUAGGCCCACAUGGAGAUAACCCUCACGAUCCUCCUCAAGAUGUGUGUGAAAUAAGACGCUCACCGGCUUACUUCGGAAGAGCCAAUUCACAGCGACAAGCCACAUGGAAUCCCUCGCAAGCUCAGUCCACCAAUAUGCCGCAUAGGCAGGAGAGCCAAGAAGAUAAACCCUCAAGAGUCAAUAAGGAGGUUAAUCAGCAACGUCAACGUCAUGGGAGACACCGACAUGAGCCGCAAGCCUUGCGAGUAGAAGAUGUCGAGAAACUUGUGAAUAAUCGACUCCGAAAUCUCAAGGUCGGAGGAGACUUGGAGGAUGUCUUACACAAAGAAGUAGAGCCAGUAAACUCAUCUCCAUUCAUAAAUGAGAUCGAGCAGGCAACCCCACCAAGACGGUUCACAACGCCAUCUUUCAAGUCAUUCAAAGGGGAUUCUGAUCCCUAG